AUGUCCUCUCUGCGUGGUGUGGAUAGAGGUCGUAGUCCCAGAGGCGGCCGUGGAGGUGGUCGUGGCGGAGGAGGCAUUGGUCGAGGGAACAAUUGUGGUGGGAAUCGUGGUGGGAAUCGUGGUGGGAGCCGUGUUGGACUUGGUCACGUCGACCCUCGCGAGAGUAAUGAUCACAGUGCAUCCAAUGCCCCAAGCCAUUCUACUCUGUCGAAGAGGAAGAAUAAGCGUCUUUUGGCUACGGAGGACCUACUCCCUGGCGAUAUACACAUAUUUACACGACCUACCGAAUACAUCGGCGGGGUCAUCGUCUUGGAGAAUUUGCAGUACAUCGGUUCAUAUAACUGGGUCAAUGAGAACAAACCAGCAAUUCUCGUACCAGGAUCACCACCUGAGUGGAAAGACAACCGCCUACCCAUCAAGCUUGCUCCUGACAGAGGCAAAGUCUACGUUGACCAGAACGCCCAUCGCUUGCCAGCGAUGCCCCUUUUGCCAUUGUUCAAGGCGGUGGAUGCCGUACAACACAAUACAGCUAUCAAUUGGAAAGCUGUGGCAUUUGUCACUGAUCGGAAUGGUCUUCGCAAGUUGGCGGACUGGGCAGAUGGUGGGAGAAAAUAUGGGGAGUUCCGUAUUGACAUGCAGCUUACUGGCGAUAGGACUGUUCUUCUACAACGAUGGGAGCCAUCGGCUGUAGUCCAGGCCUCUCGGGGUUCAUACGGACAUAACUUCGAGAAAAUAUCGACAACGGCAUAUCCAGGCUGCGAAGAAAGUAAGAGUCACCAUCGCAUAGUAAAAUACGAUCUGAGCGGGUUGACCCUGAUAGUGCGCUUUGAAGUCGAUGCAUGCCUCCCUACCGGCCCAUCUGAAGGUUCCGGCGUCGCAGAUGAUUUGGCUAGGCAAUUGUCAAGUCUGUCUGUUGCAUCGAAUGAUCCAGUCUCACAGGGCACUUCAGCAUCAAGAGGCACAAAUAGUAGUGUCAUCCGUGUCGUUGGUGGUGGACGCAUCGUUUCGCAUGCGGACAUAGUAGAACUGAAAACUGGGACAAACCCAAACGUUAAAAUCGCGAAGUAUAGGGACCAACUUCUGAUAGGUCAAACACCACACUUAUUCCUGGCCAUUCAUAACAAGGGAAACGUACGCGAGAUACGCAAAACCCAGUUGGCGCCUGCGGAAAUGAACGGCCUGGCAGGCCUUCAGCGGAAGUUUGGGAAACUCCGAGCUUUGUUACAAUCCAUUCAGGAGUUCGUCAUUACCCAAGGGUCUGGAGCACGGUUGAGUCUGAUUUGCAAGGGAGGUAAGUUGGAGGUGCAAAGGCGAAAGAGUCAGCACAGUGCAUUGCCAGACGAUAUUUUGGCAAGGUUUGUUCUGUGAAUGUCGAGGGAUUGAGCUCUGGAAGUUCGCUUACGUGUCUAAUCGCCCAUUUGAAAGACAUUGUAUUCUAGCAUGUUUAUUUCCCAUUGACGCGCACUUCAUCUAUGGAGGUUGUCUAUUAGGGGGUCCUUCAUUGAUUACUUUCCUUGAUUCGCGAAACAAAACGCCAUCAUAGGGCAAGGUAUCAACGAUAUGCAGAACAUUGUUACAGGCGUAAGGCCCAGGCUGAUUGUGAACCAAGAAGCU